GGCUGAAGACCGCUGCUGUGUGUGUGUGACUGCACUGCUGAAGAGGAGGAGGAGGCAGAGGGUGAGCACGCUCACAGACUCUGCAGGGCCAAAGAGGAACAACAGUAGGCAGCAGUGCUAGUGUUGGCCCGCAUCAGGUAGGAGACCCAGUGCCCGUCCCCUCUGCCAGACCAGUGUAACAAGAUCUGGACGCUCCAACACUGCAGAGACCUACACCAACAACAACAGCAUCAUGGCACAAGCAGCCAAACAUCUCCGCAAGAACAAGGAUUUAGAAGCCCAGUUGGAGAAGGAGGAAAAGGAGAAGGAGGAGGAGAGACUGAGAAAGAGGAGUCGCUCCAGGGAUAAAAAGCGCAAGGCCCACGCCGUGCAUCGCUGGCUAAUCGAUCAGGACAGUAGUGUGAGCUCUGAGAUGCCGGAUGGUCAAGCAGUAUGGCACUAUGAUGAUGAAGCUGAUGCUGGCAACAGUUUUCUCCGAGCAGCCCGAUCUGGCAACCUGGACAAGGCCUUGGAUCAUAUAAAAAAUGGCAUUGAUAUCAAUACAGCUAAUCAGAAUGGCCUCAACGGGCUGCAUCUGGCCUCCAAAGAAGGCCAUGUCAAAAUGGUGCUGGAGCUGCUUCACAAUGGAAUCACACUUGAGACCACCACAAAGAAAGGGAACACCGCCCUGCACAUUGCAGCCCUGGCAGGACAGGAGCAGGUGGUCACAGAGCUCGUAAACUAUGGGGCCAAUGUCAAUGCUCAGUCUCAGAAGGGCUUCACUCCACUAUACAUGGCCGCACAAGAAAACCAUCUAGAGGUUGUGAAGUUUCUUCUGGAGAAUGGAGCCAAUCAGAGCAUUCCAACAGAGGAUGGAUUCACGCCUCUUGCUGUGGCUCUUCAGCAGGGGCAUGAGAAUGUCGUAGCCCUACUCAUUAACUAUGGCACCAAGGGGAAGGUCCGGCUGCCAGCUCUGCACAUUGCAGCACGAAACGAUGAUACACGCACAGCUGCAGUGCUUCUGCAGAAUGACCCUAACCCUGAUGUCCUCAGCAAGACUGGAUUUACACCCCUCCACAUUGCUGCACACUAUGAGAACCUGAACGUGGCGCAAUUGUUGCUAAAUCGAGGAGCAAACGUCAACUUCACCCCAAAGAAUGGCAUCACCCCUCUGCACAUUGCUUCUAGACGAGGAAAUGUGAUCAUGGUCCGACUCCUGCUGGACCGGGGGGCGCAGAUUGAUGCUAAGACCAAGGAUGAGUUAACUCCUUUGCAUUGCGCUGCCAGAAAUGGACAUGUCAGAAUUAUUGAGAUCCUGCUUGACCAUGGGGCUCCAAUCCAGGCAAAGACAAAGAACGGUCUGUCUCCUAUCCACAUGGCAGCACAGGGGGACCACAUGGACUGUGUCAAGCAGCUCCUGCAGUACAACGCAGAGAUUGAUGAUAUAACACUGGACCACCUCACCCCGCUGCAUGUAGCAGCACACUGCGGGCACCACCGCAUGGCCAAAGUACUGCUAGACAAAGGAGCCAAACCCAACUCCAGGGCUCUGAAUGGCUUCACGCCUCUGCACAUUGCCUGUAAAAAGAACCACAUGCGUGUGAUGGACCUCCUGCUCAAACAAUCAGCAUCAUUAGAGGCUGUGACUGAAUCAGGCCUUACGCCCUUGCAUGUUGCAUCCUUUAUGGGUCAUCUUAAUAUUGUGAAGAUCCUCCUUCAGAAGGGAGCUUCUCCCAGCGUCUCCAAUGUGAAAGUAGAGACUCCUCUCCACAUGGCAUCUCGGGCAGGUCACUUUGAAGUGGCAGAGUUUUUACUGCAGAAUUCAGCUCCGGUCGACGCAAAGGCAAAGGAUGAUCAAACUCCUCUGCACUGUGCUGCUCGGAUGGGUCACAAAGAGCUGGUUAAGCUUCUGCUUGACCACAAAGCCAAUCCUAACUCUACCACCACAGCUGGACACACGCCUCUGCACAUAGCUGCCCGAGAAGGUCACGCACAAACUGUACGCAUCCUCCUGGACAUGGAGGCUCAACAGACCAAAAUGACCAAAAAAGGCUUCACUCCACUGCAUGUUGCUUCCAAAUACGGUAAGGUGGAUGUGGCAGAGCUGCUGCUUGAGAGAGGAGCAAACCCUAAUGCAGCUGGAAAGAAUGGUCUGACCCCGCUUCAUGUUGCUGUACAUCACAACAACCUGGAUGUUGUUAACUUGCUUGUCAGCAAAGGAGGCUCACCACACAGUGCUGCCAGGAAUGGCUACACUGCCCUCCACAUUGCAUCCAAGCAGAACCAAGUCGAGGUAGCCAACAGCUUGCUGCAGUAUGGAGCUUCAGCCAACGCUGAGUCACUGCAGGGCGUCACGCCUCUCCACCUCGCCUCCCAGGAAGGAAGGCCUGACAUGGUUUCUCUACUUAUCUCCAAACAGGCCAACGUCAACCUGGGCAACAAGAGUGGAUUAACUCCUUUGCACCUGGUGGCACAGGAGGGACAUGUAGGCAUUGCUGAUAUUUUAGUGAAGCAAGGAGCGUCGGUGUACGCCGCCACAAGGAUGGGAUACACCCCUCUGCAUGUAGCAUCUCAUUAUGGCAACAUCAAGAUGGUGAAGUUCCUCCUACAGCAACAGGCCAAUGUUAACAGCAAAACAAGGCUUGGUUACACUCCUUUGCACCAGGCAGCGCAGCAAGGACACACAGACAUUGUGACAUUAUUGCUGAAACAUGGAGCCCAACCCAACGAGAUCACUACUCAUGGCAUGUCAGCGCUGGCCAUUGCAAAAAGGUUGGGAUACAUCUCUGUGAUUGACGUCUUGAAGCUCGUCACUGAGGAGACCGUUUCAGUGACGACUACAGAGAAGCAUCGCAUGAGUUUUCCAGAAACUGUGGAUGAGAUAUUAGACGUGUCUGAGGAUGAAGGAAUUGCGCAGCUAACUUUAGGAGAGGAGCUCUUGGGGACAGAAGGGGCCAGGUACAUGAAGAUGGAUGACAUGAAAGACCAUGAUGACGAUUUCCUCUCCCCCAAGAAAUCACUGGAGUACGAGAGAGGGCUGGGCACAGCAAAUUACUCACCUGCCAUUCCCAGGAUCCCUCGUGUCUCCCCAGAGACUGUACAUCUGAGAGAACACGAGAUAGAGCAGCAACACACGCCGCUUCCACUACCCAAAGAGUACGACGACGAUUCACUGAUUCCCAGCAGUCCAGCAACUGAGACGUCUGACAAUGUCAGCCCAGUCGCCAGUCCCAUCCACACAGGGUUUCUGGUCAGUUUUAUGGUGGAUGCUCGAGGCGGUUCAAUGCGAGGCAGCAGGCAUAAUGGUCUGCGUGUCAUCAUACCUCCACGGACGUGUGCGGCACCCACUCGCAUUACCUGCCGCCUGGUGAAGCCGCAGAAGCUGACCAGCCCCCCACCUCUGGUGGAGGGAGAGGGGCUGGCCAGCAGGAUCAUUUCUCUAGGUCCAGCGGGGAUGCAGUUUCUGGGACCGGUGAUUGUGGAGAUCCCCCACUUUGCUGCUCUGGGUCGGGGAGACAGAGAGCUUGUUGUGCUCAGAAGUGAGAACGGAUCUGUCUGGAAGGAGCACCGCAACCGGUAUGGUGAUGAGGUUCUGGAAACAAUCCUGAAUGGAAUGGACGAGGAACUGGAAAGUCAAGAGGAACUUAGCAAGAAGCGAAUCCGUCGCAUCAUUUCUACUGACUUCCCCCUUUACUUUGCGGUUGUGUCGAGAGUCCAACAAGAGAGUGACCUGAUUGGUCCAGAGGGAGGUUCGCUUACCAGUAAACUGGUCCCAAUGGUGCAGGCCACGUUUCCUGAGACGGCAGUUACCAAAAGAGUCCGUCUCGGGCUGCAGGCCCAGCCAGUUCCAGAUGAGCUGGUUGCAAAGCUGCUGGGUAACCAAGCAAACUUUAGCCCUGUAGUCACCGUGGAGCCUCGGCGGCGCAAAUUCCACCGCCCCAUCGGCCUGCGCAUACCCCUGCCUCCAUCCUGGAGGGAGAGUCCACGAGACUCGGGGGAGGGUGACACCACCAGUCUGCGUCUUCUCUGCUCUGUUAUAGGUGGUACUGCCCCAGCCCAAUGGGAAGACAUUACUGGCACUACCAAGCUCCUCUAUGCCAAUGACUGUGCCAGCUUUACCACCAAUGUUUCUGCACGAUUCUGGCUAGCUGACUGUCCUCGGACAGCUGAGGCCGUCUCCUUUGCCAGCCUGCUCUACAAAGAGCUAUCAGCUGUACCCUACAUGGCCAAGUUUGUGGUGUUCGCAAAGAUGAAUGAGCUGCGUGAGGGACGUCUGCGCUGCUACUGCAUGACAGACGAUAAGAUGGAUAAAACUCUGGAACAGCAUGAAAACUUCACAGAAGUGGCUCGCAGCCGAGACAUAGAGGUGAUGGAGGGAAUGCCGCUUAAUCUGGAGUGUUCAGGGAACCUAGUGCCAGUGAGGAAGGCCACACAGCAGCCUCGUUGCUUUAGUUUCCAGGCUUUUAGGGACAACAGGCUUCCAGUCUCCAUUAAGGUGAGAGACAGCAGUAAGGAACCUGCUGGAUUUUUAUCCUUCCUACGCAAGUCUACCAAAUACGAAGACAACCAACAAGUGCUCUGCAACCUUAAUAUCACAAUGCCUCCAUGUAUCAAGAUUAUUGGUAGUGAAGAUAGGAGGCGAACUCUGACUCCACUGGCUUUAAGAGAAAGAUACAGUGCCCUUAACGAGCCUGCCAUGGCAUCGAUGAGUGCAAUGGAAAGGACAGAGCUGAAGAUGGCUGUGAUUGCAGAGCAGUUGGGACUGAGCUGGGCUGAAUUGGCGCGUGAGCUGCAGCUCAGUGUCGACGACAUCAACAGGAUUCGUGUUGAGAAUCCAAACUCCCUUCUUGAACAGAGCUCUGCGCUGCUCAACUUGUGGGCAACUCGUGAAGGAAAAAGAGCUAAAAUGGAGAGCUUGUACACAGCCCUAAAGAACAUCGAUCGUAUGGACAUCAUCAACAUGUUGGAGGGCCAACCACACCAGCCUAUAAGACAAGGUUCCCAUGAUCUCAACAGACGGAGACACAACGAAAGAGACCACCUCUCCCCUGGUAUCACCAAUGGUUAUGGGCUUGCGCAGGAGGAGCUCCAUUCGCCGGCCUCCAUGCAGUACAGCCUGACUUCUCCGUUGUGUGCCGAACCUUAUUGGCAGGAAGUGUCCAGCCUGGACUGUGCACCAAUUGCCACCACAGAAGAGGACACCCUGAUGGAGAUGUCCGACGUUCAGGUUUGGCCCUCAGGCAACAGCCCAUCCUUGGUAGCUGUGGAAGACUCCUCACUGGAGUGCAGCAAUGCUGAUGACUCAGAGGGUUUGCUGGGACUGCCAUAUGGAAGUCUGGGUCGACCAGCCAGCCAGGCCAGCGCAGCCAGCCCAGGGGGGGUUGUGCUGAGUGGUUCCAUUGAGCUGCCAGAGGAUGAUUCAGAGAUGGGAGUUGACUCUCUCAGCACAACCACACCAGCUUCACUCGGGGGAACCAUUGCAGGGAUCAAUCUCAAUGGGCUUAACAACGGUCAGGGGUCAGAGGCAAGUUCAGAGUUAUCAGCUGUCACAAGUACGACUGGUGGUGAUGGAGCUGAAGGAGGAGGACGACGACUAGGUGGAACUGGCUCAGAGGAAGGACAUUCUCUUGUUUCAGGACAGCAAAGAGUGUACGCCCGAUUGAGUGAGUCACCUGGUCUGAGCUGUGUUGCGGAUCGGAAUGGAGACAGGUCAUCUAAUAGUGGAAACGGAAGUGGAGGAGGCUCUUUCCUUUCCUAUCUGGAGGAACAGACUGGAUCAGCAUGGAUGCCUGUCACUGACCCAACACAGGCUUGGGUGGGCACCCAGUCUAAGCCCAGGCAGGCCAUGGAGACUAUGAUUUCAUCAGUACGUAAUGCUGUUGAUGGAGAUCCAUCCCUAAUGUCCCAGGAAGCGUUGCUUCAACCUGUGAGGGACAUGGGGCACUCUGAGAUUUUACGGGGCCACUUCAGGGGAACCCAGCCAUUUGAGAAGGGUCUGGGAUUCCCACACAGGGUACCAGAACUUAGAGCCUGGGACGAUGUGCAUCUGAAGGGCCAGGGGGAUGAGGUUGAAGACCUUCCUGGGGGCCAAGUAAGUGAAGAACAGUUCACAGAUGAACACGGAAACAUCAUCACAAAGAAGAUUGUACGGAAAGUGGUACGCAGAGGGAAAGGUUUGGGAGAGGAAGGGGUUCUGGAGGUGGAGGGUUCCCUACUGGAUACCAACGAGUUGGAGGGCGAUGCUGAGCAGUACCUGAGCUACGCCAUCCUGGGCCGGGACAGCAGCAAGACCGAUUCUGUGGAUGUGAAGAAAGGUGCUCAAAUAGUGAAAUGUGCCAGUCUGCGGAGGGUUAAACAGUGAGGCAGACAGAGUGCUGCGUCCCUCCAGAGUUCUCCACAGGAUUCAACCCUUUCACCCAAACCAUCCUACAUGGACACAUGACCAGCAGCAGCUGUCAGGCAGAAGACCACACAGGGACAGCCCGUCAAAUGAAACCCUCUCCUACACGACAACAGCGGCAAUGCCGACUUUCAGCACGCUCCAGAAGAAAAGGAUAAAGAUCUUCUUGUAGUUUUUAUUACCUCUUUAUUUUUAAGAAACUCUGGGGAUAAGAAAAAAAAGAACAAAUCCUACUAGGCUAGAAGCAUGAUUUCAUAUAAAACAAAAUCAAACACAAGCAAAAAAAAAAAAAAAGAAAGAAAUGCAACAAACAUGUGCUUCCUGUUAUCUGUAUCAGCAUGAGUGAUUGCUGCAGCAUGGCCUGUCUUUAUCUACAAAUACAGAGGGGAAAACAGGGGUGGGUAAAGGGGUGGGAUGGGGCAGGCAUGCAAUGUCCUUUCAAUCACUGGCCCGUUUUAUAAAUUAACAUAAAAAUUAACUUUAUCAGCCAGAGGGGAAAACAAAAAGACUACAAACUAAUAUUAAUCUAUUCCACACCACACAGACCAGUUUGAAUCUUCUCCCAGAGUUGUCUGAGCCCACCAAAGCUCCUCUUACCACCCAAGAAUAUCAGUGUUGUACAUAAUAUUGUAUGCACUCAAAUGAAAACGUAACCAUGUGUUACAUGUGUUGUUUAUGUUCUUUGAGAUCUCUAUGCGAUGCCACUGAUGCUGCUUUCAUGUACAUAAGAGAUUCCUCCCUGUUUUUCUUGUUAGGUCUGUUCUGUCAGAGCCUAUAUAAUAUUAGUCUAUAUAUCCUGAGGUCAUUGUGGGUACACAAACAUGCAAAUGUCAUUUCGCUCCUCCUGUUUUGACUUGGGUUUGUGCUCAUCUUUCUCCAUCUCUCACUUGCUCCCAUUGUUUGAAAAGGUCUAACUGCAGAGGGGAGGACUUUCAUCUAUCACUGUAUUGUGGGUCUUUUUAAUCUGUAAGAGGCAGUUUUAAAAGCGUCUCUUUGCAGAAGGCAACACUUCUGGUGAAAGAUAGGACUUUUCCAUUUCUCUUCAGUAGGUAUUGUUUGGUUCAUAUUGUUGUUUUAAUAAGAUGUUUCACCUUUGCAAUUAACUUCUUAGAGCACAUGUAGCAGUCCUGUUCCCCUUCAUCGUAAGGCGGGGUAGGAUCCCACCUUUAGCUUGCAGUAUUCUACUACACCACACGCACAAGGUGCACUUACAGAUCAUCUGUCCACCACCAGAAGAUGUCACUCGGUGAGGUAGCUGAAACACUGGUAAUGUAGCACUGGUCUGACUGGGCAGGCAGGGGAGCGUUGUGUUAUGGGGCGAGGUCAUGUUGAGUUGUCCUUUUGUUGGCUACUUGGAACGCAGUCAAGGCAGUCAGUCACCAAUCACUGUGAUGAGAAACUGUAAUACUGACCCAUAACUGUGAGCCUGGCUCCCCCUAGUCUCUAGGCUUGUCUCCACUUUUUACAAACAUCCUUUUUUUUGUAUUGACUUGCUGUCUUAGAUUUAUGUCAUAUUCAGAAGAAGCAAUAACUGCUAAGAAAAAGACAAAUGUUUAUGAGUGAGUGUGUGUGGAAAAAGGAUGACAAUUUUAGGAUCACAGGUUACGGUCUUCCUGAGCUUGGGAUUUCAGUGUGUGUAUCGCAGCUUUAAAGUCCUGCUAUCAGUAUUCUGAAAUGAUGUCAGUAAUUUAGGAUCAGUCAUUAUUUUGCUUCACAUGAUGUAUCACAAAAUCAUGAUAUGACAUCUAGUAUCAUAAAUCCAGUGGUGGUUUUUGCAUUAAUGUCACAAAAUAGACAAAAUGUUGCACAAAUCACAAAAUGUGUGAUAUGUGUAGAACAAUAUUAAGCAUUUAAAUGUUGUUUUUAUAUAUAGUACAGGAUAAUUUAAAAAAAUCAUGAACGUGAAACUCUGCUUUAAAAGAAAUGUCUGUUCAUUGCACAACAAUCCAGGUUUAACAGUCGAAAUGUUCUUCAUAUUUUGAAUCCAAAUAGAUAGUAUGAGUUCAUGUUCUUAAAAAAGAGUGAAUUAGUGCUCAAAUAGCGAUCAACAACUCAGAUACCUACUUUAGCAUCCUUAGCUUCCUUCACAGUUUUUACAUUGUGACAACAUAUAAAGGCACACUCUUCCAGUGAUUAGACAUGCAGGUUAGAUAUCUGUUUUUUUUUGUUUUGUGUGGUGAUACAACCCCUGAUGAUUGGUUCCCUGGGUGGUGAGCCUUGUCAAAAACCACCACUGUUUGAAUCUCCUCUUAAAAGUGCCCAAUACUUGGUUUUGUAAUUUAUCGAAGAAUGUCAAUGUUAUGUUCAAGCAGUUUUGAAACCUUAAAGACGUUCAUAUGCACUUCGACAGACGUCCCGUUGUACAAGUUUGUGUUUGCAUGGAUUUCUGGGUAGCUCCUCUGUCCCGGUUAAAGGGACAUGUUAAAGUUAGGGGCUCAUACUGCAAAAAGUCCAAGACUAUAUACGUCUACACUUUUAAAGGUUGAUUUACCUCAA